AUGGAAGAGGCGGCUGGGAUACCGUUGUUGCAGACUAAUUCCUGUGGGGAAGACUUUGCCGAGGAGAAGAAUCCCAUCACGCAAAUGUCACGAGGGACGCUGAAGGAAAGAUACUGGGUCAUUCUCUGGAUGUUCAUCAGCAUGUUGAUGACAAGCGUCCUAUGGGCAAUCGUACUGGCUGUGUAUUUACACCCAGCACGAUCAAAUCAGACCAUAUACGAACAAUCCCCCGUCGCGAAGCUAGCAUCGCUAAAGCAACAUGAACAUCUCAUCGACGGAUCUCUCUACUCAGUUUAUGAGUCUACAUACAAGAGCUACAUCAAUGCUCCCUCGCGCGAUGUCGACGCCUUAUGGGAUGGCUUAUCUGCGGAAGGGUCAGAAGUCGUGCUUAUGGAUGGCGAGAGUGUCAAAUUCGCCGGGUUCGAUCUUGCGAAAUUGGUGAAAGCCCCGGCCAACUGGACCACUCGUACAGGUGAUCUUUACCCUGUACAGAUCGAUGUCUUCCAUCAAAUUCAUUGUCUGGACGAGGUUCGGAAGCAGAUGCAUGCUUGGCACUACUAUCCCGAGCUGAAUAGCUCCGGCUUCGCACAGAAGACCAGCCCGACAUUUCAGCACUGGCAGCAUAAGAACCACUGUCUAUCCAUCCUACUUCAGAACAUCAUCUGUCAUGCGGACCUUGAUAUGGUGCCUCAUCGAUGGACCGAGUGGUCUAAGCUUCCCUUCGCUCAGUUCAGCAUCAAGAAGAGAUGCACAAAUCUGGACGCUUUACUCUCAUGGAACAAAGAAAACGCGCUCAGUGACAUCAAGCAAAAGUGGAGCACGAUACAGCGACCCGAGAGUGCCUACGUAUGGCCCGGAUAUGGCGAGAUCCAUCCCGACAAUUGA